UCUAAUUAAUAAGGAUUAAAAAAGGAAAUGUUAAAAUAUGGAAAGACAACUAAAUGGGAAAAAGGAAAGAAAAAAAAUAGAAAAAGGUAACUUGGAAUGGUCUACACCUGACGUAGCUCCCACUCCACCCGAACACAAAACACACGAAACUGCUUCAUAAUCACAGGAUUCGUUUCUUCUAGUAAAACUAUUUAUUAUUCUGCGUUGACAUUCUAUGCUUUACUAACCUUUAAAAAGAUCUCUACAU